UAUAUAAGUUUUUAACUCCUACUCCUAUUACCAUCAUUUCAAUUACCAAGCUUGGGAGAUGGCUUCUUCUGGUUUCAAUGCUCAACAAAUCAUCCUCUUACUUGCAGUAGCUGCCUCUCUUUUGACGGUCACUCGAGCCGCAAUGGUGGUCGUUGGAGACUCUGGAAACUGGCGAUAUGGUUACAACUACACGGAAUGGGCGGCCAACACCGCGCCCUUUUACUUCCAGGACACCUUAGUGUUCAAAUAUGAUAACGCAACAGUUCAUAGCGUGUACAUGAUGCCAAACUUGAGGAGUUACUUACAAUGCGAUUUCAGUAAAGCAAAGCUUUUAGCCGAUCCAACACAAGGAGGUGGUGAUGGCUUUCGAUUUGUGUUGAACCAAUGGAGGGUUUUCUACUUUGCUUCUGGUGAAGGCAAUGACUGCAAAGAUGGGCAGAUGAAGAUGGUCGUUGUCCCUUGGCCACGUUUUUAAUAAAAACCCUUUGAUAUCACAAAUGGAAGACACACUGUGCUAGUGCUAUGAUAAGCAGAAAUAAGAUUGUUCAAUUAUUUGGGACAGGCCUAAAUGAAUAAUUAAAUAAUAAACUCAGGGCUUGAUCAUUAGGAAUACUGUUGUUGAUUGUUGGUACAUUUUGUCUUGUUUUUCCUUUUUAUUAGGUGUAGGGGGUGAAUUUCGUUUU